AUGGUGCUACCGUCGCCACGUCCUGCACAGCCUCAGCCGGGGGCCCGUCGGCCAGCCACCACGCAAGCUGCAGUCGAUCUGGACCUUAAGAAGCGGCGCACGGACGGCAACAAUUUUAACCCCUCUGUCCCAGCGCAGAAGCCGCUGAACCGCAAACGUUUCCUGCGGUUCCUUAAGUCACAUGAACUAAAAUUCGGAUUGGCGCCUGUUGCUCGAGACGAAGCGACGGGCGAGGUAACGCUCGUCGUAUGCCGAUUCUGUCAGCAUUUUGGUCGCGAGCAGCGGCCAGACAAGCAGCGCCGCUCCACGAAGAAUGUCAAGUACUUUCGAAAUUCCUUUCGGACUGACCAAUACCAGCAGCACCAUGAACUAUCGCACUGCGAGACGUGGAAGAGAUACCAGGCCAGCUCGGAUGACGAAAAGAUGGCUUUCUUCCCGUUACCGGUAGGAGCGACCUUAAAUACACCAGUGGAGACAGUAAACCCAACCCAGAAACUCAAGGUUGAGUUGGCACCCGGUGAAGUUUGGGCUCUCGAGCCCACACGAGAAGAGAGAAAACGGUGCUUUGAUAUUGCACCGGCUAUUGUGGAGCUGGUAGCUGUGUUGGCUAUUGGAGCGACUGAGCCAACGGUGGAGAACGUUAUUGAAAAGCAAAGCCAUCAUCUUAUGGAGCAUGCACACGAACAGACAUCAACUGCGGUGAAAUGGACUCCCCCGACCGGCACAUUCCAGUCGUGCCAUUUAAUAGGGACAGUGAUUGAUCCAUUGUACCGUGUCAAAGUGCACUCGCGCUCGCAGAUCGACUGCUUGGGGGAACUGGCAGCGGCGGGAUUGUCGUUUCGACAGAUUUCCAGUGCCAUGCGGUCAUUUCGGACACAUGCCGGGGUGUUGCUUCGCGAUGUUAAACUGCUCCAAGGUGCACAGAACGCUAGUCCGGAAUACAAUGAGGAGCAGAUAGCGGAGCUUGUGCGUCUGAUUAUUGCAGCGAACUUGAGUAUCACGUCACGACUGUUGCGUGGAUGCUGGGCCUUCUCGUUGGUGCUUCGAGCGUCCAUGGAGCACGCACCCGUGCGAUCGUAUCUGGAGAUCCGCGUAAAGGUGUAUGGCGAAGGUGCCAUGCACAACAUUCACCUCAUUUCUAUCCCAGCGUUCGAAAACAAGUGCAAAGCCAUGAUGUACAGCACGUUGGAGCGGGUGAUGAACGUCGUACUGCCAAACUGGAGACAGCGACUCAUUGGUGUGGCUACGGACGGCGAUGCCCAGAUGCCAGCUCGCGUAUUGGAUAUUAUUGCGCGUCUGCAGCAAGAAGCAGCAACUCCCGUCGUGUAUCGCUCAUCAAGCGUCUGCCAUCAACUAGACUGCAUUGUGACGAACUUUUUCUCGUCUCUUCAGGGAGGCUGCUUCCUGUUGGUUUUGAAAGAACUGUCAGCUUAUAUUCGCCGACAACCUGAGCUGCUAGCGAGAAUGACACCCGCUCCUGCGUGUCCCAGGACUACCCACUGCUCCGUAAGUUCUAAGGAGAAGUGGGUCGCGUUGGGAAAGGAGACAAAUUGGAUUGCAGCUCAUCGCGAAUUGAUUUGUCAGUACCUCGACGUUGAGAAGCCUCCGAGCGCGCCAGAUAGCUCGUGGUGGCUGUUUUUUGCGGCAGUGGACUGGGUCGCUACUCGUGCCAACGAGACAUUCGAGACGCUGCUGCGCAACCACGCAACUAUAGCUGACCAGAUUGCAGCGGUUGCUGAGCUGUCUACGGAAUGCGCUACGGCUUUCCAAGCGCUGGGGCCUCUCAAUGACUCGCUUCUAUCUACAGACCCGGCCGGCAACAAACUGUUCAAGUCACGCAAGGGUCGAUUUGCCUUGAGCAAGCCCAGCAUAGUCGCGUUUAUCAAGGAGAAUGACGUGUCGUCAAUCGAGAUCAUCAACAGCGUCGAAGCUCCCAUUGUUGAUCUGACCGCGGAAAACUUGGCAUUGUGUGGAGUUAACAUGAUCGAGUCGCUGCUGGAGCUCAGCAUUGCUCUCGGUGACGAGCGAAGCGUCAGUUCUUCAAGCCGAGGAUCAAAAACGCCAAAGCUGACAGACUUCCUACCGCCGACGCUGCCGCACGAGCUGGCACAACUCAGUGAACGUGAGUUUACGUCUUUGUUACAGACGUACGGCCCCAUGGUACGCAGUUUCCUGUCUGAAGAGGAAAUCGACAUGAUGGACCAAGAGUUCCAAGGUUUGCGUCGUGGCGCUGUGCGCGAGUCGGUGCUUAGUGCAGCACUGGGCAACUGCAACGCCGAGACACCGUUUGAAGAAGCGUGGGCUUUGACCGAAAACCGUUUUAAACUUCUUGAGUGCUUCGCAGGAGGGCUCGCUAGUGUGUUUUCCUGCCCUCCUAUUGGCAUUAGAGGCAGCACCAGUGACCUGGCACUGUGUCGAAGCGAUAUGGACACGGCUCGUGUGCUGCUUGCUGACUUCGCGUUGGAAGGAUCGCUUCAUGCCCAGCAGUUCCCAGCUUUGGUGGAUUUAAACGAGAAGCUGGGAACACACGAGACAAGUCGAAACAUUGGAAACGUUGCUACAGCAAUGAAGGUUGGUUAA